GGGGGGCGUGGCCCCCCGCCUCAUGAAUAUGGAGACGAACCCGGGCGGGCGGGGCCGCGUCCCCUCCAAGUGUGAGAAGAUGGCGGCGGCGGCGGCGGGCCCCGGCGGCCGGGCCGCGGUGGGGCGAGGGCGGCGGCGACCCGGGGGGCGACCCGGGACGGCGGAGAAGACCGAGGAGGAGGCGGCGGCGGAGGAAGAGGAGGCGGCGGCGGAAUGCCCGGCGUGCCGCCAGGCGCUGGCGGAGGCGGUGACGCCGCCCUGCCGCCACUCGCUGUGCCUCGCCUGCUUCCAGCGCUGCCUGCAGGGCCCGGGCCUCCGCUGCCCGCUGUGUCGCGGCCGCCUCGCCGCCGCCGCUGGGGCCGGAGGAGGAGGAGGCGGGGGCGAACAGCGGCACCCAGGGCCCGACUUCGUAUUCCGAGCGCCCAUUAAGCUGAGCAAACCAGGGGAACUUCGGGAAGAAUAUGAAAGCCAGCUGAGGAAGAUGAGAGAAGAAAAACUACAAGAAGAAAAAGCUUCCGAGGACCCGAUUCCCAGGCUCAUUCUGGAUGACAUGGAAGUAGGAAAACGAAAAAUGGAAGAGCCGCAGAAAAAAGACGAAUCUGUAGUGCUCAAAGCGAACCAGGAGUGUUUUCCCGAACGCCUCUCGGAUUCGGAGAACGAAGAACCAUUCCAGGGCAAGCAAACGCAUCGGUCAGCUUUCGUUUCCAAGACCAGUGCCUACUCCUUUGCCUUCCUUUCAGGGAACCUCACCUCCAAGGUGGAGAGGAGUCGGAGCUGCACUGACACCAUCCAGGAGAGAUCAAAGAGCAGGCAGAGAUCAGCCCCAGCCAGCAAAACAAAGGUCCCCCCCGUCACCAGCGCCUCGACGCCUCUGCUGGGCGUUCUGUCGUCCACCCAGAACAACCGCUGCCUCUCCGCCCCCGACCUGACGGCGGAGAAGCGCCCGGUGCUCAACGCCGCGUCCUCCCUCCCGGCCCUGCACAAGCCGGAGCGCUCCAUCAGCCCCGAGAGCAACGACAGCAUCUCGGAGGAGCUCAACCACUUCAAGCCCAUCGUCUGCUCCCCCUGCACGCCUCCCAAAAGGCUUCCGGACGGCCGGGUCCUCAGCCCUCUCAUUAUCAAGUCCACCCCGAGGAACCUCAGCCGGAGCCUGCAGAAGCCAACCACCUACGAGGCCAGUCCCAGGAUACUGAAAAAGUGGGAGCAGAUAUUCCAGGAGCGCCAGGUGAAAAAGACUCUCUCCAAUAAAGCGACCCUUACGUCCUUGGCUUCGGAGCCCGGGGAGGACGCCGUGGGUCCCGACGUCACCAACCCCGGCCACCGAGAGCAGCCACAGGAUGAGCAGCUCCCCCCUGAUGCGCCAGGUCCUCGCCCCGAGCUGGAUUUCUUCCCUUCUAUCAGUGAAACAACGCCGGGAAGAGGGAGCGAGAAAACCAGAGCUUCCCAGGCCUUACCGACGGACGAGAGCGCCGCCGAGCGAUCCGCCGUCACCUCCUUACACCCGCGGCUGCCCGAAGCCCCGGACCCCAAAACGAACGCGUUGGUGGACAAAUCCUGCCUGCCUCUCGGCCCCAAAGUGCUGAGCAGGAGGAUCAUAGGGGUGAGCGCGGCGCUGCCGGACAGCAGCGCCCUGGGCGUCCCCGUCAAGGCGUCGGGGAAGAAGCAGCUGAAAUACCUGAACAGCAACGAGCUGAUCCACGUGCAGAACAGCACCUGCAACUCCUUCGAGGGCAUCAUCGGCGAGCAGCCGCCGGCGCUGCGCCGGGGGAGGAAGAGGCGCUGCAAAACGAAGCACUUGGAGCACAACGGCACCGUCAAGAGACUGAGGCACGCGGCGGGGGACGCCGGCUUGGCCCCAGAGGAGCGGCUGGUGCGGGAGGUGGAGCAGAAGCUCCAGCAGGAGGAGGAGGACAGGAGGCUGGCCCUGCACCUGCAGAGGAUUUUUGACAGCGAGAACAGGACGGUGGAGAGGAGGAAAGUCCGAGUGGACCGGUACCUGCUGCGCUCCAAGAGCACGCUGGGCGCCAAGUAGCGCCGCCGGGCGACGUUGCCUUUCUAGAGGACGAUGAGGUUUAUCGGAUUGUCUUAGAGGAAAGCUAUUUUUUUGUCAUGCUUCCACCCACGCCGUUGGUUGUUUGUUUGUUUUUCGUUUUGGCGGUAAGGCAUUUGGAGGUCCAGUUCGGAGAGAAGCCAGAGUCCUUACAGAUUUCAAGAAAAAGGGGAAAAAAAAACAAAAACAAAAC